AGGCGCAAGACCGUGCUUCCUCUGUAGAGGGCAGCUCCAGUUGGCAUCCCUAUAUGUCCUGGGACUCCCUCUGCACCGGGCAGAGGCACCGGCAGGUAUCCCCUGGCUGCGGGCCUAGGAGGUGCAGCCGCGUUUAAGUGAGGAGUGAGAGCCGCUGAGAGAGUGCAGAGGGGCGAAAAGGAGCUGAGCCCAGCUGAACUGGACCAAGCCGCUGCUGCCUGGAGGUCUGUCACAGCCCUGCGGGGCCCAGCUGAGUGAGCAGCAUGUGGCACCCCCAGACCUGCCCUCUAUCUUCUGGCCCACGGCCCAGCCCCCCCAGGAGGCCCUGACACCCUGGGGCACUUCUGCUCUGCGCAGGACCACGUGGGGGUUUGCCAUGGUGACAUAAAGGGGCGCAGAGGAAGGAAGGAGCGAGACCAGCCUGCAGACUGCGCCUCUGGCUGGGAGGGAGGGCUGGGGGCCCGGAUCUCCCACGCCUGCUGCCCGCCAAGGACCUCGCUUCUCAAGUCCCUGUGAAUCUGUUGCCCAGUGGACGACUCUCGUGCCUACCCACGUGCGGGGCCUCGGGGUGGCCGGGGCAGGCUGAGGUCCCGAGGGGCCAGGAUGCCUGCCCUGGCGUGCCUGAGGAGGCUGUGUCGUCACGUGUCCCCGCAGGCUGUGCUGUUCCUGCUGUUUGCCUUCUGUCUGUUCAGCGUCUUCGUCUCAGCCUACUAUCUGUACGGCUGGAAGCGGGGCCUGGAGCCCUCGGCCGAUGCCCCCGAGCCCGACUGUGGCGACCCACCGCCUGUGGCCCCCAGCCGCCUGCUGCCACUCAAGCCCGUGCAGGCGGCUGCCCCGUCGCGCACAGACCCGUUGGUGCUGGUGUUUGUGGAAAGCCUGUACUCGCAGCUGGGCCAGGAAGUGGUGGCCAUCCUGGAGUCCAGCCGCUUCAAGUACCGUACAGAGAUCGCUCCGGGCAAGGGGGACAUGCCCACGCUCACUGACAAGGGCCGCGGCCGCUUCGCCCUCAUUGUCUACGAGAACAUCCUCAAGUAUGUCAACCUGGACGCCUGGAACCGAGAGCUGCUGGACAAGUACUGCGUGGCCUACGGCGUGGGAAUCAUCGGCUUCUUCAAGGCCAAUGAGAACAGCCUGCUGAGUGCUCAGCUCAAGGGCUUCCCGCUGUUCCUGCACUCAAACCUGGGCCUGAAGGACUGCAGCAUCAACCCCAAGUCCCCACUGCUCUACGUGACACGGCCCAGCGAGGUGGAGAAGGGCGUGCUGCCUGGCGAAGACUGGACUGUAUUCCAGUCCAACCACUCUACCUAUGAGCCGGUGCUGCUGGCCAAGACGCGUUCAUCUGAGUCCAUCCCACACCUGGGUGCUGAUGCUGGCCUGCAUGCAGCACUGCACGCCACCGUGGUCCAGGACCUGGGUUUGCAUGACGGCAUCCAGCGCGUGCUGUUUGGCAACAACCUCAACUUCUGGCUGCACAAGCUCGUGUUUGUGGAUGCUGUGGCCUUCCUCACAGGCAAGCGCCUCUCGCUGCCUUUGGACCGCUACAUCCUGGUGGACAUCGACGACAUCUUCGUGGGCAAAGAGGGCACACGCAUGAAGGUGGAGGACGUAAAGGCCCUGUUUGAUACCCAGAACGAGCUACGCACACACAUCCCAAACUUCACCUUCAACCUGGGCUACUCAGGGAAAUUCUUCCACACAGGUACUGAUGCAGAGGACGCUGGGGACGACCUGCUGCUGUCGUAUGUAAAGGAGUUCUGGUGGUUCCCCCACAUGUGGAGCCACAUGCAGCCGCACCUCUUCCACAACCAGUCUGUGCUGGCCGAGCAGAUGGCCCUGAACAAGAAGUUCGCUGUCGAGCAUGGCAUUCCCACAGACAUGGGGUACGCAGUGGCACCCCACCACUCGGGUGUGUAUCCUGUGCACGUGCAGUUGUAUGAGGCCUGGAAGCAGGUGUGGAGCAUCCGCGUGACCAGCACAGAGGAGUACCCCCACCUAAAACCUGCUCGCUACCGCCGCGGCUUCAUCCACAAUGGCAUCAUGGUCCUGCCGCGCCAGACCUGCGGCCUCUUCACACACACCAUCUUCUACAACGAGUACCCCGGCGGCUCCAGUGAGCUGGAUAAGAUCAUCAACGGCGGCGAGCUCUUCCUCACCGUACUCCUCAAUCCCAUCAGCAUCUUCAUGACGCACCUGUCCAACUAUGGAAAUGACCGCCUGGGCCUGUACACCUUCAAGCACCUGGUGCGCUUCCUGCACUCCUGGACCAACCUGCGCCUGCAGACACUGCCCCCCGUGCAGCUGGCCCAGAAGUACUUCCAGAUCUUCUCUGAGGAGAAGGAUCCUCUCUGGCAGGACCCCUGUGAGGACAAGCGCCACAAAGACAUCUGGUCCAAGGAGAAGACAUGUGACCGCUUCCCCAAGCUGCUCAUCAUUGGCCCCCAGAAAACAGGCACCACAGCCCUCUAUCUGUUCCUGGGCAUGCACCCAGACCUGAGCAGCAACUACCCCAGCUCGGAGACCUUCGAGGAGAUCCAGUUUUUUAACGGCCACAACUAUCACAAAGGCAUCGAUUGGUACAUGGAGUUCUUCCCUAUCCCCUCUAACACCACCUCCGACUUCUACUUUGAGAAGAGCGCCAACUACUUUGAUUCAGAAGUCGCGCCCCGGCGGGCGGCCGCCCUGUUGCCAAAGGCCAAGAUCCUGACCAUCCUCAUCAACCCGGCGGACCGAGCCUACUCCUGGUACCAGCACCAGCGAGCACACGAUGAUGCCGUGGCUCUGAAGUACACCUUCCAUGAGGUGAUCACAGCUGGCCCUGACGCGUCCUCCAAGCUCCGCACGCUGCAGAGCCGCUGCCUGGGCCCCGGCUGGUACGCCGUGCACAUCGAGCGCUGGCUCAGCGCCUUCCAUGCCAACCAGAUUCUGGUCCUAGAUGGAAAACUGCUGCGGACAGAACCUGCCAAGGUGAUGGACACGGUGCAGAAGUUCCUUGGGGUGACCAACACCAUCGACUACCACAAAACCUUGGCGUUUGAUCCAAAGAAAGGAUUUUGGUGUCAGCUGCUUGAAGGAGGAAAAACCAAGUGUCUGGGCAAAAGUAAGGGCCGGAAAUACCCAGAGAUGGACUUGGAUUCCCGCGCCUUCCUGAAGGACUAUUACCGGGACCACAACAUCGAGCUCUCCAAGCUGCUGUACAAGAUGGGCCAGACACUGCCCACCUGGCUGCGGGAGGACCUCCAGAACACCAGGUAGCCACGGCCGCUGCAGCCAGAUCGCACCUUCUAGACGACGGCAGGGACGCCCGCGGCGCGCUGAGCCACGCUACCUGCAGAGUCGGGAGCCAGGCCUGGGCCGGCCAAGCACUUAUAAGCAAUACGCUGUGAGGCCCACGUGGGGCCAAGAGAAGGGGCCCGGGCAGGUGCACACGCACCUCAGAGGAGCGGCCCCUGCUGGCUCUGUGGCCCCCUGGACCUCCCUAGCCACCAGGGGUCCAUUCCAUUCCCAGCCUCUCGUGGGGGAGGCCUCUUCCUGUUGGCGGGAGGGAGUCCGUGCGACCCUCCCCUCUGUCCCUCACUGUGUUCUGCCACCCGACCGGACCUUCCCGCCCUGCCCCAGCAGGGCACCCACCCCCUCAGUAUUAGCUGCCACCUUCUCCCUUGUCCUCCAAACGGCAAGGGACAAAAAUCUAGCUAGGCCUUUUGCCAAACCAGGGAGAGACUGGACAUAUCCCUGAAGGGUUUCUAACCAGGCCGGCUGAAAGGGGUCAGCUGGCUAGCCGGAGGUGGCCCCGAGGCCGGGGGUCGGCAGGGCCACCUCGCGAGAACUCGACCCCACGUCCGGGUUCCUCCUAUGACAUCUCACCUUCCCUUUUUGGGGAAAGACUUUGGUUCCUGCAGUGUUCUCCUGGUCCUCAGUCCCUCCUGCAGGGCCCCGGGGCCGCAGAACCACCCCCUUCUUCCCACCCUGGGGUCUGACAUGCGUGGUGUUUCCUGUGGUUAAAGACUGGGGCGGUUCCAGCAUCCAUGCGUUGUCCCCACACCCACCUAGCCCCAGCCAUAGCGGAUGCAGGCUGAGUCGUACCCCAGUCACCUGUGACCGGGGGUUCCUAGAGACGACCUCCCCCACCCCUUAACCUCCUCGAUACUAAGAAGCUAAAGUAUUUUAAUAUUUGCUUUUUUUUUUUUUUCUUGGUGCCAGAGUUUAUAACCCUGGGUGCUGGGGUCGCACUGUGUUUUUUAUAUAUAUAUAUAUAUAUAUAUAAUGUGUAUAUAUAUAUAUUCUAUUUUUUUUGGUUGGGUUUGUUUUUAAUUCAGUCAUACAAGAUGGUGGCAAGCUCUAGUCUUGCAGGGCGUCUCCUGAAGGUGCCGGAGACUGAAGUGGAGGGGUCGUGUGUCAUUACAGUGUCUGGGGUCACCUGCACAUAGCACGAGGUUGUCCUUGGAGGGCCUCCACUCCUUGUUAAUCCUUCCCCCACUCCCCAUUUCCUGUACACGGCUGGCCUGGGUGGGGUGGGGGCAUUGGGCAGAGAAGGGUGGGCUCUCUCCAGGAAACUGGGACAGUUCUGGCCAAAGGAAGAGGCCGGGGCUGGAGCGGGCAAGCUGGGGCUCGAGGCUGGCCUGUCCCCCUUCCCCUCACAUGGUGCUAGGUCGGGAGCUGCCCGGGGAGCUGGGAUGCCCCCUAGCACCCACACGAGUCUCAGCCUUCCCCACCCCCCAGACAAUGGGAUUGCUGGCUUAUCUUCUGCUUGGGAUUUGCUCCUGUCCCCAUACCCCAUUCCCUUCUUUUAACAAUGUGAAGUGACUGAGGUUGGGACCCCUGUCCCCAGCCCCCUCUGACUGCCAGUUCAACCUUGAACCCGAUGCCUCCUGCCCGGACACGCCUUUUCCGAGAGAGACUAGCAGACCUAGCACCUUGGGCUGGAAUGCUCCUUGCUCAGGGCUGCAGUGGGUCCAGAAGAGGGAGGCGACCUGCCUGGCACGGGCCGCACAGCUGAGCAGGGGCACGGCUACACUGCCUCCAGGCCCAGCUGUGGUCCCUCUCCCUCAGUCACCACUGUGGCCAUUCCAGGAUAUGGGACAAACCACUCCUUCCAGCCAGGGUGCCUUUGAACCUCCCGCCUCCAGGCCUAUGUGUGUGUGCCCCCGCCUUCCCCAGCCUGCAGGGCCCAGCUGCGUCUUCCUUCUGGACCCCAGCCAUUCUUCCGUCUUCCCGAGCCCUUGCUAGCAGUGGGGAAGAGAAGGUGGCAGGCGAGCAGCAGCCUGUGCUUUCCUGGCAUGUUGUGUGCACUGUUGCCCUCACCAAACCUGGGGGCU